AUGCAUCCACCGAAAGAAGACGACGGAGAGGGUCGGAAAGUAUCGUACGCGUCGGAUUAUCUGUCUUUAUCUGAUGACGAGCUGUCUUUGUCAGAGUUCGAUUUUAAAGUUGACGAAGAAAAUUCGUUAGGCAAUGACCAGCUCGACGAUGAUGGACCUGAUCAGGCAUCCACGACAGUGCAUGCUUACCACAACAUUGCUCUUGCUUUUGUGGAACAAGACAAGCCGGACCAAGCAAUAGCGGUGUACAAAAAGGCGCUGAAGAUUCAAUCAACAGCACUUGGACCUGAUCAAAUAGACACCUCGGCCGAAACGGCGGAAAUUUACUACAACAUGGCACGAGCAUAUGCGAAACAAGGGAAAGGCGAGAAAGCCAAGGCACUCUUCCAAAGGGCGUUUUCUAUCUACUGUAGAACUCUUGGACCGCAUCAUCCGUCUACAGUAAAGACCAAGGAGCUUAUGGAAUGGAUGCGACAGGAGGAUGCCGAAGAUCAAACGAGCGAAUCGGCGAGUAAGGAGGGGAAAACUACGAAGAGACGGAAGGAACGACCAAGGUCCCAUGAUUCCGAUUGUAUGAUUUCUUGA